GAAUUUCUAUUUUUAACCUAGGGAUUGUAAUUAUGCCUGCUAUCAAGAGAAAUAAAACAACAACAACAACAACAGCAGCAGGCUUAAGGGAGACAUCUCAAGCACUUUCUUCAAGUUCUGAAGAAGAGAAGCAUGACUUUGGGUAUUUUCCUUUGACUCAAACACGGUUUCCUGUUGGUACACCCAUCUUAUCCAAACGAUCAAAAAAGUUUUACUCUGAUUUUGCUGAUGAUCGAGAGUUUUUGUUACAUUUGAGAGAAAUAUGGGUCAAAAAGCUAGAAAGUCUCAAGGAAGAUCACAAAUUACUUCAAAAGAUGAAAGAGAUCAAGAAAGAAGAACUACAUAACAUCGAUCCUUUGUUUGCUCCUGACGCAACAUCUAUAGUAUCUGAGGCUCAAGCUCAACCAGCUGCAGAAGUAUCGAAAACUGCAACAGAUCAAGCAUCAUCAUCAUCAGAAGCUACAAAGGAUUCAGAAACAUUACCUUUCCAAUUUGUAGAUGACCAGAUUGUCAUUCAAGAACCUAAAAUGCUAUCUACGCUAGAACAAUUAGAAAACAUGUGUCGAUCGAUGGACAGUGAUGAAGAGAACGCCAAUGAUGAAGAUGAGGAUCAAGCAAGACAUGCACUUCAUUUGAUGCUAAAAGAAUUUGGCGAAUCACUUUAAUAUUUUAUUGAGCAAGAGGGUAAUGAGGACGAAUAUCAACAGGAAUACCAGCAUGGUCAAUACGGUCUAAAGCAGCUCUUGUAUGGCUAUCAAUCACACCGUACUUGCUUACAAACGUAUCCACAGCCUUCUUGUCACCAUCUCCUUGGAGCACUAAAAUAUCGUGUGUCAAAUCAGACACAGCAGAACGAAUCUUGUCAAAAUCAACACUGAAUAAACGUGUCGUAGGGUCGCAUUUGAAACCACCUUUUUGAACCAAAUAGUUUAAUUGAAUGGCCUGGCCUAAACCAUGAGCUUCUUGAAUACCAAAUCGAAUGGAACGGAAAGCAGAGGCUA